UCACCAGCCAACCAAUGGGUCGUCUACGUCGCUCCCGAGUGCACAACGCUCGACGGGAUGUGCAUAGAGCAACUCGAACAAGAGCUCGAACAAAAGACCUGGAUCAAAUUCAGCUCAUCGACCUCGAUCCCAAAAACCGUGCUGCUUUGGAAGCUCAACCUCUUGAUUUUGAAAAACCUGGACUUGCUCAGCAUUACUGCGUCGAAUGUGCCAAGUACUACGAGUCAGAUACUGCUCUCCGGUCUCAUUGGAAAAGCAAAGUUCAUAAAAGAAGGUGUAAGCAACUCAAAGAGCCAGCAUACACUAUGGAAGAAGCUGAGAGAGCGGCGGGUUUGGGUAGAGAAGGGAAACGGCCGACUGCGGUCUCUAUUGACGUUGAUGUAACGUUGUGAUGAGGUUGAUUCGACCAGACAGAAAACUACCCUCUGCACAUCUGAAUACACCUACAUCGCGAACCUCAGCCCGGUGACGAUACGCCUGAACUUACCAUGCCUGGAACGCUAUCUUUCGUUGCGUGCUCAUCAAAGUAGAACGAUAGACCAGUCCAAUUACCAUCAGCGUUUA